GAAAGUGACAGAACUGGGAGGAUGAGAUUGAGUGAGAGAACAGGAAUUUUGAAAGAAAGAUUGUGACUUUCUCUCUUCCGUGUGAAAGUAAGCCAGCGUCUAGACAUGGUGCUGUUUACCUCAUCCAAGUAGUCAGGAUAAGUGGAGGUGACUAAGAAUGUUACCAUGGCGGUAUGUAAGAAUACAAUGGUACCACUGAAUUUGAAAGCACUGAUGUCAAACACCACCGAGGAAGAGUUCUGUCCCUUGCUACAGAUCAUGAGGAACCACAGCCUCAACAACAACACAAACGCCAAUUUGGUGGUGGUUUGCAUCCACGGUCUGGUAUCCUGCCUGGGGAUAAUGGAGAAUGCCCUAAUUCUGUGGGUAGUUGGCUUCCGCCUUCAGCGCCGCACUGUGGCCUCUGUCUGGGUUCUCAACCUAGCCAUGUCAGACUUCCUGACAACUCUGACGUUGCCCCUCUUCACGUUCUACCUUGGCUCCUCACAUAGCUGGGAACUCGGCAGCCCACUUUGCAAAACACAGGCUUCCAUCUUCUUCUUAAACAUGUUUGUGUCAGCCUUCCUGCUGGCAGCCAUUUCACUGGACCGCUGCCUUCUGGUGGCCAAGCCAGUGUGGAGUCAGAAUCAUCGGUCAGUGGCAGGAGCAUGGAAGGUGUCUGUAUUGGGUUGGCUGUGGGCAGCAAUUAAUACAUUACCUUACUUUGUGUUCCGCUCAGUGACUGUGAAAGAGGAUGGGAGGAAACUGUGCUAUCACAAUUUUGCAAUGUAUUCAACCAAUCUGGAGAGAGAUUGUCAAGUGAGGCAGGCAGCAACAGCCAUCUCCAAGUUGCUGCUAGCAUUUCUCUUCCCCCUGGUGGUGAUUGCGGGGAGCUACAUCCAAAUUGGUCUCAGUCUGAGGAAAAGGAGCAGGAGGAGGAAGCAGAGUGCCAGUAGGCUCACUGAUGCACUCGUUAUGUCAAACAAAGAUGGAGCAUCAGGAAUUACAAAAAGCACUACAACCACAAAAAACACAAAUAUCUUUCUCAAGCCUCUGGCCUCUGGUCCAUCUUUAUCCCUGACACCUACUACCCUGUCCCCUACUACCUCUAAUCAGACCAAUCACAGUCAGCUAUCCAGGGGGUUCACCAAGAUGGUGUCAUUUGUGAUUGCAGCAUUUGCACUGUGCUGGGCUCCCUAUCACAUUUUCUGCAUAAUCGAAGUGACGGCGCAGUACUGGAGGAAAAAUCUCAACUUGGUGGAAGUGGGGCUGCCCCUAGCCACAACCUUUGCAUUCUUGAAUCCAGUGUUGAACCCCAUUUUGUACGCCUUCAGCUGCCCAGACUUCUGUGUGAGGAUAAGACAAAGUCUGGGAACAGUGUUUGAUGGUUUGGUAGAGGAAGGAGGGGGGUUACUGAUGGUGCCAGGGCGAAGUUUAAGAGCACAUAUUAGGCGGAAAAGCAGUCGAGAUAUUGGCCUUGGAAUGCCAGGGUCACCAAAGGGUUCGUGUUCAGCCUCAUUCCAAAGACAAGAAUCAAAAUCAGAGGCGGAACAUAGCAGCUAGAUGCUUUGGGAUUUAAUCAUGUCAGGUAUGCCUUAAUGUACAUGUAGGCCUAAUUCACUCAUGCACUCUGACCUAUUGCAUUAAAACUAUGGCCACCACAUAAAGCAUGGGGAACAGGAAUUGGUAAUGUAGUUCUAUAAAGUAUUUUUAGCCAAGCUAGUGGCAUGGCUCAAGGAGGGAAGUCCCAAUAUGUCGAUAGGUCCGUCCACCACUUUACCACAAUUAUAGGAUGAAUUGCCAUAACAUUUGUUACAGACAUUUUUGACACCUAGAGGGUGUAUGUUACUGACUUUCUAUAAUCCCCUGACUUUUCUUUUAGUGCCACCAUGAAGUUAUCGUUCUUGUUUUUUAUUGAAAUAUCUUUUAAACCAUUAAAUGGAUUGAAAUUUGGUGGAGACAUUUAUGUUCUCCAGAGGAUUUUGUAACUGUAAUAAUCUUCUUACAUAAUGUAGUGCUACCAUCAGGUCAAUAUAACAUUUUGGCUAAUAUUUUGGUUCAUGACCAAAUACCUGCAAAACUAGGACACUGACAUUGCCAUCACCUUCAACAGUACUAAACUGUGUUUAGUGCAGUGGUUUUCAACAUUUUUUGGGACAUCUGCCCCCUGUCCAUUAUCCAGGUUCCUUACUGCCCCCCAUAAAAUAGGAUAUAAAGUAACUAUCUUCCCUGAAUAUUCAUAUUGAUUACUAUUCCAUCUUAUAUCAUUAAAAAAGAAAAGAAUUCCAAAAAACAGAUUAGAUUUAACUGGACAGUUGGAAUAUCAUUUUCAAUGUAGUUUCAUGUCUACUUUAACCAUCCUCAGGUGGUUGGUGUACAUGAGGUUGUGUUUUGACCUUAUUAAAGAUGUUUAACGAAACAUUUUAGAACGCUGCAGAAAAUAGUUGCAGUGGUAAACACCCCCAUCUCAGCUGGAAGCAAGCCUGUCAAUGGCGUUAGUGUGACUUGAUGUGUGCUGGUCUGGUGCCACUGGUCUGGUUUUAUAAUAUUGUUUAAAAAAAUUUUUUAUUUAUGUUUAUUAUGAUUGAAUAGUUUAAGUUGUAUGCAUUCAUGCCAAUAAAGCCACUCAAAUUGAAUAAUGUUAUAGAGAGAAAUAGUGUAAAAUGAAUGCUUUCAAGUGGAAGAAACUUAAUUUCCUCCGUGGGGAAUAGCCUACCAAGGCAGAGAGGGUAAAUUUUCCUGAGCUGACACAGUUAACACCAUGUUGGUGAAAUUUUAUAGCUGAUUCUAAUGUUACGUCUCUUUUGCAUAAACAAAUGCCCCCCAAAGAAAAUCUCAAUGCCCCAAAAAUGUUACUUCCAACACCCCUGACGUUCCCCCUGACGUUCUGUGAAUGUACCAUUGAACACGGUAAAGUGCUAAUUAGCAAAUGCUGGCAUGGUAAAACACAAAACUAAGAUUAUGAACAUGCUACAGAUUACAUCUGCAAAACAUCAGCAUGCUAGCAUUGUCAUUAUGAUUAUUUUGGCAUGCUGAUAUUAGAAUUUAGCUCAAAGUGUGGCAGUUCAUGGUCCUCAGAAGGUAAAGCUUACUGACUUUGGUGAUCCCUUUCCUCUAGGGCCACCAUGAGGUUGACAUAAGUGGCUGUAAAUUAAAUAUCUUGACAACUAUUGAGUGGGUUAGAGGAGUUAAGGUUAGCGAUGAAAUUUGGUACAGAUGGCCUCCUUUGGAUGAAUUUCAAAUAACUUGGUAAUCAUUUACCUUUCCAUAUAGCACCAUCAUCAAGUCAAAAUGUCAAUUUGUCCAACACUUUAUGACAAAAUACCUGCAAAACAAAUGACCUCAACCUCACCUGUACUUUGUAUUUGGUAAAAAUUAACAAUGUUAGCAUGCAGACACAUUUAAACUAAGAUGAUGAAUAAAGAAAACAACAUACCUGCUUAACAACAACAUGUUAGCAAUGUCCUUGUUGUUCUAUUGCAAAUCGCCUACCCCAGUUUUUGCAUAAUGUCUACAUUUAAAUAUUUUUGCACACCAUUGCUUCACUCACUGCCAUGAAUGAAAAAUUUUUUUCUUUGUCUGUAUCACUUUGUUAUUACACUGAAAAGUAUUUUUUAUGGACAGAAAUGAUUGGUCUGGUUUGUCACUUCUGUCACCUUUUUCAUUAAAAAAGUUCACCAAACAAAAACUUUUAGUCAAGUCUGUUAGCAUUUUAUGAUUGGAUUCUUGUGCCCUCAAAUUCCCAUAGCAAACUGUAAAUAUAAACAGGAAAAGACAUAAACUAUGCACUCUCAUGGGUUGCAUUAUCAAGCAACACCCCAAGGGGUUGAUGUAUGUGUAAAUAAGUGGCUGUAAGAUGAAUAAAGGGGUAGAAAAGAAAAGAAACAGAUUUCGGCUGCACCAAAUUAGGUUUAUAAUUAAAAUUGUAUUCAAAUGAAAUAAAAGAAAGGAGAACUGAAUUUAUUUUAAUGGGCUCAAAAAAACUUUGGUUGCUGUAGACUGAGGGUUCAUGCUAUGCAGAUUUUGGCCACCAGAGAGCAAUAUAGCUCUGAUUACAUAAACAGACACGAAAUUAUAAAGUAGGAUUAUGCUUUUCAGGUCCUGUAAUCCAGCAGCACUUUAAACCUGAACUGCUGAACGUCUGACCACCUUUCUGUGUGAUUGGAUUUUAUCAUAUUUGAUAACCAUUUUGAUUGACUGUCUUAUCACCGCUGUCACAAUUGUCUGGUUCCAUCACACUCAAUUGGACACACCCACACAGGCUGAGGUGUAAUGUAGGCCACAGCAGUGUCAGAUUACCGUAGAGGUAGUUGUAAUUUGGAGAGAAUAUCGGAGAGUGAAGAUUCAGAAUAUAAAGACAGAGCAGGAUUAAACCUAACGGGUCAGACUGAUACAAAGCUCCACUUUCCUCUCAGUCAUUCAGUAGAUUCAGCAGAUUAUCUCUCUCUCUCUCUCUCUCUCUCUCUCUCUCUCUCUCUCUCUCUCUCUCUCUCCCUCCCCCCCCAUCCCUCCCUUUGGGACUCUCUCAUUUUGUCCCCCUCUGUAUUCAUCUACUGUAUUUUUCUAUGUCUUUUUGGCUGUGCAGUAAUAACUGUUCUGUGCAGGUAAACAAAAACAUCUUCAGUGAACUCAAAGUUACAAGGACAAAAAGUUAAACGUGUCAUUUAAAGUUAGCUCAUAUAUAAUUAAAGUGGAAGUUAUAACCUUUCAUUUAGCAGCACUUAAAUUGGCAGCUCUUGAAUAAAGUAACUGUAAUUUUUAAAAUUUUGUUAUGUCUGCUGUAUAUUUGGUUACAUUAUGUCUAAUGUACAGUUUGGUGGCUAUGUGAAAAUGAUUGAUCCAUUAAAAUAUUAUGGUUUAAAUUUGGGUACAUAUCACAGCUUCUUUCCAUGUUGGGAAGAUCAAAAUAAAAUAUUAAAUUCUU